UAUUCGCGCAUCCUGCUCGCGCCGGUGGAACAGCAAUCGAACACGGAGCUACCAAACAAGUCAGAUGGAACACCGAAAAAUGGCGUAAAACUACCGCAUAACAGAGAUCUGGUGUGAAUAUGUAGCACCAGAUAUGAGAAAUCAAAGACUCUUAAGUAUUUCAAGGGCGAUUUAUUGCUGGUCAAUGUGUUAAUUUUCUUUUGAAAGUUGUUUUCUACGAUCGGCGUUCGGAUAGUGCCAUGCAAAAGUACAGAAUACUGGGCAAAAAAGGCGAGGGUACCUUCUCCGAGGUGCUUAAAGUCCAGGACAUUCGGAACGGGAAUUACUUCGCCUGUAAGAAGAUGAAACAGCAAUACGACAGUUUAGAGCAAGUUAACAACCUGAGGGAGAUUCAAGCAAUGCGGAGGCUAACUCCCCAUGCUCAUGUAGUUGAACUAAAGGAAAUCAUUUAUGACAGGAAAAGUGGAAAGCUUGCGUUGAUCAUGGAACUGAUGGAUUUGAAUUUGUAUGAGCUCAUACGAGGCAAAAGGCAUUAUCUUCCUGAAGCCAAAGUCAAAAGCUACAUGUUCCAGCUAUUGAAGUCUAUAGAUCAUGCUCACAGAAAUGGAAUUUUCCAUAGAGACGUGAAGCCUGAAAAUAUUCUACUUAAGGACGAUAUAAUCAAGCUUGCAGAUUUAGGUUCCUGUAGGAGUGUUUAUUCUAAGCAGCCAUAUACAGAAUACAUAUCAACUAGAUGGUAUCGUGCUCCUGAAUGUCUCUUGACUGAUGGGUUUUAUACUCACAAAAUGGACCUCUGGAGUGUGGGAUGUGUAUUUUUUGAGAUAAUGAGUUUGCAUCCGUUAUUUCCUGGUUCUAAUGAGGUUGAUCAAAUAGCCAAGAUUCAUGAUGUUUUAGGAACACCAGUUCCUAGCAUUUUACAGAAAUUUAAAAAUAAAUCUAGGCAUAUGAACUACAAUUUCCCACAAAAGAAAGGCACAGGGAUAAACAAACUGCUUCCCCAUGCAUCCAAUAUGUGCAUAGAACUGAUAGAACUACUAUGCACCUACGAUCCAGAUGAAAGGAUAUCAGCAAAGCAAGCCCUAAGGCAUGAGUAUUUCAGAGAUCUCAGGGAAAUAGAGAAACGAGCAGCAGCAAUAGCAAAGUCGCAAUCACCAUCUGAAGUGUCUGUCAUAUCACAUCACAAGAAUAUCAAAAAGAAGAGGAGGCAUGUAAACAAACUGAGAGAUUCAAACCAAGAAACAUUACUCCAAAAGGAUUUUCCAAACAUACCUCCACCACAGUCCAACUUCCACCCGUUUGUCCCAACGUCACUCAAGUCGUCCAGCAUGUACAACAACAAGAGCACAAUGCUACCCAAGCUUCCUCCAGCAGCUACAGCCAUGACGUCAGCUUUCUCCUCCUCAUUCCACCCACUCAUCACUCAAGAGAAGAACAAGAGUACAGGACAGGAAGGGAAGACGAUACACAACAUGAAGCUUACACUGCCGGCUAUCGACAAACGAGGCGGAGCACCAAGAUUCUGAUUAUGUUAUAUGAUGUUGCUAUGGUAACUUGGUUCCAUGGCAACAACAAACAUAUGGAGCACCAAGGAUUUGAAGAUGUGAUGCUGCUAUAGUAAAAAGGAUAAGCACCAAGGAUUUGAAGAUGUGAUGUUACUAUGGUAACAUGGUUGAACACCAAGGAUUUGGAGAUGUGAUAUUGCUAUGGUAACAAGGUUGAGCAUCAAGCAUUUGAAGAGGUGAUGUUGCUAUGGUAACAUAUAGCUGCCAUGGAACAUGGCUUGUAGGUAUGGGUUAUGAAUGGUUGUGCUAUAAAAUUAUUGGCACAUACAAGACUCAAUAUUCAGUUCACCAUAAAAAGAAAGGGAUAAAAACUGGGAAGCAAUACUCUCAGAGAGUCUGAGAAUGCAAGUUAACAUUAUGACAUCUCUGGCUAUGGACCAGGAAUAUAAGCACCAAAAGAAAUUAUUGCCAAGUCAGUUUUUCAGUAUGUCCAUAGGGGUGUGACAACAUACAAUGACACCAUAGAACAUAUCUUUGACAUUCCUGACCUGUAUUAUAUUGUUUAGAGAAUGUGAUGCACAUUUUAUGGCAUACACUCACAGGAAGCUCAACUUCAUGGUUUAAUGGUUUAAAUUGUUCCCAAUAUUUGUUGUGCUGGUGGCGUUUAUAAGCUUUCUUUGUAACACAACAAACAUUGGAAACAAUUUGAACUUUAUUCAAAUCAUAAAGAUAAGCUACCUGUGAUUUAAUCUUUCUACAUACAGGACUGCAAAGGGAAAAAUGUGAAACAGCUAUCCAAGAUAGCCAAAAACAAUUUUAAUUUGAUAUUUUUAUAAACCAUUACAGAAGUUAUUUUUAUACAUAAGCUAGAUGUAUCUUGUCACUAGUUUUUAGAUGUUAUUCUUAGAUAGUACAAAAAAAGGGUUUUUGCCUGUUUAUAAGUAGCCGGUAGAGUGUUGGUAUAUUUUUUAACCUAUAGAAGACCAAGUGGAAAACUGUACAUUUUAUACAGAACUUUGGUUACUAUUAAAUUAUUUGUAAAUAAAAAUAAAUUGAAGAUGCUAUAAAUACUAGAUCAAAGUGUGUAAAAAGGACCAAUAAAGGUGUGUUUUGAUUCCA